AUGACUUCUGAGGAGUUCAUUGAGAAUCUUAACACGGCCCUCAGAUGUUUUGAAGCAGUUUCGGGUCUGAGUAUCAACAUGUCCAAAUUCAAGCUCUUCAGAAUUCACCUCUCGGUUGAGGAAGUAAACAAAUUUUCAAAUAUCUUAGGUUGCCCAUCUGUCACUUUCCCUUCAUCCUAUGUUGGUCUGCCCCUCGUCGUUGGCUCCCCCACGAAAGCGGUAUGGGACAAGGUUGUGGACAAGGUUCAAAAAGCUCUUGCCACAUGGAAAUGUAGGUAUUUAUCGAUUGGUGGUCGAAUGACCCUCAUCAAGGCAGCUUUAUCCAACAUCCCUACGUAUUUUACAUCACUGUUGAAAUGCCCCCCUACGACUGGCAAGGACAAUCAGAAGAAGUUGCAUCUCCUUGAUUGGAAGGAGGUUUGUAAACAUUACCAAGAGGGUGGCGCCAGUAUUAAGAAUUUGAGACUGAUGAAUCAGGCCCUUCUCGGGAAAUGGAUUUGGAGAUUGGGAACUGAGGGAGAUGCCCUUCGGAACCUCAUCAUCAAAGGUAAAUAUGGGUCGUCGCAAGGUGGCUGGUGGACAAAAGAGUUGGUGGUUACUAGAGCCUCGCUCUUAUGGAAAGCUAUCAUGCGAACUGAGAAGGAAGUGGUCAGAAAUAUAGCGUUUGAGCUAGGCAACGGGAACCGGAUUCGUUUCUAG